AUGAAGAUUCUAGAUGGAGAUAAGGCAUUACAUUUCACCUUGCUAAGGCUUCAACUCAUUGAACUCAUUCGCGCUUGUAAUGCGACUGGAGAUAUUCAACCAGCCCUCACUUUCGCUACUGAGGAACUGGGCCCAAAAGCACCCACGAACCCCAAGUUUCUGGAAGACUUGGAGAGGACCAUGGCACUGCUCUUGAUUCCAUCUGAUGCGCGCGAGCCGCAGUUAGCAGCGCUGCUAGAACCAGAGUUACGACGGGAAGUUGCAGACAGCGUAAAUCGGGCCAUUCUUGAAAGACAAUCCCGAAGACGUGAAGCAGCUAUUCGCCAGCUCGUCAGAAUGCGUGUCUGGGCCGAAAAUACUGCCCGGGAUAAGCGUAAAAACUUACCUGACCGACUGGAUAUUGGCUUGAACGGAGAAGAACCCGACAGUCCUAGACCUCACACCGGAAACGGCCAUGACCCCAUGAUUACAACGUGA